AUGGUUGGUUUUGAUGCACGAAACAAAGACACUAUCAAUCCAUUAUACAUGUGCCGAGUGUGCGAUUUAAUUUUACGAGAUCCUUAUCAACUUUUUUGUGGUCAUCGUCAAUGUAAAUCUUGCAUAGAAAUUGUUGAAGGGGAAAUUAUUAAAUGCGCAGAAUGUCACGAGAAGUCACCAAAAAAUGAAAUAAUGCCUGAUCGAGGUUUCAGAAAUGAUAUGAAACCGUUAUCAAUUACAUGUUCAUUAUGUCUAUGGAAUGGUUCAUUUAAGGAUUAUGAGAUCUGUCGAGGUGAAUUACAAGAGCAUUAUUUGAGUGAUAUUCAUCAAAAAGCAAUAAUAAGUAUUAUACGUCGCUUAUUCUCCAGAGGAAUAAAUGAACGGCAUGAACGAGUGUCGGGAAUGGAUGUUGAUACUGAGCAAGGUACUUCUAACUCAAUAAUUACAACAACAAAUGACAAUAUGAGUACACCCAUGCAAGAAAUCUAUGAAACACUAAAUAUUCUUGCUAGUGGAAUUCAAACAUUAAAUGAUGAUACACAACGUCUUAGUAGUGAAUCAAUUCGAUUACAAAGUUCAAUUGAAUCUGUGACACAAGAGUUUUCAUCGAUUAAAUUGAGUAUUCAAGAACAAAGUUCCUUUCUAGAUGGUGUUAAACCUAAUCAAGAAAUUCUUCAACAAGAUGUUGCAUCACUGAAACAAAAAGUUGAUGAUAUGCAAUAUGUAUCUUAUGAUGGAACAUUAAUAUGGAAAAUAACAAGUUUUCAUGAGAAAAUGAUGGACGCUCAAUCUGAACGACAAACAUCGAUUUAUUCACCUCCAUUUUAUUCGUCACCAACUGGCUACAAAAUGCGAGCCCGACUUUAUCUAAACGGCGAUGGUAAUGCUCGACGUACACAUAUGUCAUUGUUUUUUGUUCUUAUGCGUGGCCCAAACGAUGCUAUAUUAAAAUUUCCCUUCAAUUAUAAAGUCACGUUUUGUUUGUAUGAUCAAAAUCCUCAACAACGACAUAUUAUCGACUCCUUUCGACCUGAUAUUAAGUCGAAUAGUUUUCAAAGACCACGAUCAGAAAUGAAUAUUGCUAGUGGUAUACCUAAAUUCUUUCCAUUGACGAUGAUUCAACAAGAAGGUAAUCCAUAUGUUCGAGAUGAUACAAUGUUUAUUAAAGUCAUGGUUGAUUUUGGUGAUAUGCCAAAAACAUUGUUACCAUAUGCAUUGAGUCUUAAUCCUGGUUUACCAAUGCAUAUACAACAGUUAAUGGUUAAACAAGAAACAGAACGAAGAGCACAACAACAAUCUCAGCAAACACCUACAUCACCGGCAAAUCAUCCCAUAAGGUCAACGGUGCCACCCAAUACCGAAACGCAGUCAGGUCAAACAAUAUUUAAUAUUAUUCCAUCACCGAAUUCGACAAAUACUAGUGAUAGAUCGCAAGAUUCAACCAAUAAUCAGAAUAACCAAGACCUUGGGUAA